CUGUGGCACUGGAGAGUUCACGCCAUCGCUCACUGGCUCCAGCCAAAACGUGACCACAAAGCUUUUUUACGUUAUUUAUUUCAUGCCCUUUGGUAGUCCUUUCUGAAGAAGAUGUGACUUUCACCUAGACACUCAGAAUACACGCUCGUUUUUAGCGCCGGGAUAUGCAACCACCAGGCUGGUUUACCCAUGGAAGUUAUUGUUGCGAUUUGUUUUUAACUAUGCUAUGCCGAAGUGUUGUUUUUGUUUUGUCUUUUCCCAUUCAUCAUGGACCACUGAUUUAGGAUUUAUUGACAAUUCAAAAUUUCACAAGGAAGUAACAACUGAAGGGGAGUUCGGCUCUGCGAGCAAGCGAACUACAGACCGGGGAUUUAAAUCGUUUUUGGCUUGCACCGGAGGAAAAAGAGAAGCAAAGAAGGACAUUCAUGCGGCGAUUCUCCCCGUAGCGAAAACGUUUGGAUUGCAGGAUGAGCAAGGAAAGACCUAAGAGAAAUAUUAUUCAAAAGAAAUAUGACGACAGUGAUGGAAUCCCGUGGUCGGAGGAGCGAGUGGUGCGGAAGGUUCUCUACCUCUCGCUGAAAGAGUUUAAGAGCGCCCAGAAACGGCAGCUGUGUGACGGCCUCGGCAAUGGACUCACCAGAGGCUCGCUGUCGGGCAUCCCGCUCAGCAGCUCUGGAUCCAAAGGGGCACGCAAGGAGGACGACUCGCGCUCUCAGAGCACCGACGGGGGCAGCGAGGGCUGGGAAGACGUCCCGGCUAAGAAGAGACCCAGGCUUCAUGCUCAGAGAAAGUUUGCUCAAUCUCAGCCCAGCUCUCCCAGCAGUACUCCGGUGAAACUGGCCGACCCCCUGCUGCCUGCUCCGGCCACACAGAUCACCGACCUGUCCAGGCGGAAGCCCAAGACCGAGGACUUCCUCACCUUCCUCUGCCUCCGAGGUUCUCCGGCCUUGCCCAGUAACAUGUCCUGUUUCGGGAGCUCCCAGGACGAGGAUGAGCUGCAGGAUGAUGAGUGUGAUGAGGUGAAGGUGCAAAGCGUGGCCUCCACAUCGUGCCAAUCCACUCCCCGCAAAGGCAAACCACAAGGCAGGAUGAAUGGCCAGGUGUUCAACGGACACACCAGGCCCGCAAAGGAGAGGGAGUGCCCACCACGGCCCAAAAGCAGGGAGCCUUCACUGGGGAAAGAGCGGGCAGAGAGGGCUGGCACUCGGAGGGAGCUCUCCCUCUGCGCCUCAGUCCGAAGCCAUGCCCCCAACGGCCUCAGCGUGAGAGGAGCAGCAGAAGAGCUACGCAAACAGGCCUCGAAAGUGAAUGGCAUUUCACGGCUGUCCAGCUCAGGUGUGCACGUGGCUGCAGCCAGACACCUGAAAGACUACCGUCUGCCGUCCAGAACUGUGAAGUACACAGCCACGGUAACCAGGGGCCACGUCACCUACACCAAAGCCAGAGGAGAGCUAGUGAAGAAAGCAAAGCUCAACCACACCAAGCACCCUGUUGUUGGCACCACCCAGCGAUCCCACAGCACCAAUCAGCAACCAGCCAGCAAUGACCAUGCCGCCCAGCCCCCCCACUCAGGAAAAGCCCAAAGUAGCAAUGCAAAAACCCGUAAACAGGUGCUAUUAUUGAAUGGAGUCCGUGGUGUGGCAGACGAGGGCGUCAGCGCCCGCUUUAAUGGCCGGCUCAAUGGGCGGCAUCGCCCCAGGGAGGAGGAGCCAGAGGCUGAGAGGCAGAGGCCGAACCGGCAGGGCCUACGCAACUCCAAGCGCAGGGUAGACGCAGCAGCCGUAGGGGCAGCUACAGGGACAGAGGGUGCAGAGGUCAAGCCCAAAGACUCCAUCUCGGAGACUAAGAAAGCCAAACUGCAGUGCUGCCCCCUGGUGGAGACACGCAGCAAGAAGGCGCUGGAUCAGGACAAAGCCUCUAGGGCAGUUGCUAACGGACACAGCAUCACGGAGAUGGCCGCCUCCCCCACACAGAAAACGGGUCCUGCCCCUCCUCCCGCCUCCCCAGAAGUCCCUGGCUCACCCGGCACACACCAGAGCCCAGCCAACCCAGAGCCGGCCCGACAGCGGCCCAAGCGGGCCUCGGCAGGCAAGCUGAUGUUCAUGAGACAAGCACAGCAGAGGGCGCAAGCGAGCACAUCUCUGAGCCGCUACGCUAACACUACCUCAACCGGCAAGCCCUCCAGAACAGCGGAGCCUCAGGUCCCGGCCCCGCCCCCGCCCCCGGUCCCGCCCCUGGCCCAGGCGCGGGCCGACAGGGAGCGGGAAAGAGAGAGAGAGCGCGAGCGUGAACGGGAGAGGAGCCGGACGGAGCUAGCCGCUCUGCCCGAGGUGCCUGUGUUCGGGCCAAACGCACGUGAGUUCCAGGACCCGCUGGUGUACCUGGACUCCAUGCGGGAACGGGCGGAGUCAAGUGGCCUGUGCCGCGUGGUGCCGCCCUCCGACUGGCGGCCCGAGUGCAAGCUGAAGGACGAGAUGCGCUUCGUCACACAGGUGCAGCGUGUGCACAAGCUGGGCCGGCGCUGGGGGCAGAAUGUGCAGAAGCUCGCCUGCAUCAAGAAGCAUCUCCAAUCUCAGGGCAUCACUAUGGACGAUCCCCCACUCAUUGGUGGCUGUGAGGUGGACCUCGCCCGUUUCUCUGAGCUGCUCCGCGACAUGGGCGGCAUGCACCAGGUUAUGGACCUGAAGAAGUGGAGCCGCCUGGCUGACCUGCUCCGCAUCCCGCGCUCAGCGCAGGACCGCCUGGCCAAGCUGCAGGAGGCCUACCUGCAGUACCUGCUCUCCUACGACCAGCUGUCCCUGGACGAGCACGGCCGGCUGGAGUGCGACGUGCUGGCCGAGAAGGAGCGGCUGGAGCGCCGGCGGGGCCCGCUGGAGGGUCACCCCGACGGCUCCCAGGGUGCCCUCGCUCUGCCCCGCUAUGAGCCAAAGAACGGCCUGGCGGGCCCGGGUCACCGCAACGGCUUCCACGCGGCAGGGAUAGAGGCUGAGGCCCCGCGGCAGGCUGGCCGCCGGCGCCUCUUUGCUCAGGAGAAGAGAGGGGAGCGGUUGGAGGGCCAUGGGCAGAACUGCACGGAGGACGAGGAGGACGAGGAUGUGCUCAGCGACCAGCACAAGUGCAUAUACAAGGGGCGGUCCGUGUCUCUGACCACAUUCUACAGAAUAGCUAGGAAUACCAUGAUGAUGUGCUUUAACAAGGAGCCAGGAGCAUCUGAAGUCGAGCAAGAGUACUGGAGAAUAGUGGAGCAGAGGGACUGUCACGUAGCAGUGCAUUGUGGGAAAGUGGACACGAGCACACAUGGCAGUGGCUUUCCUGUGGGCAAGUCUGAACACUUUGCAAAGCAUGGAUGGAACCUCACUGUUCUCCCCCAUAACUCUGCGUCCAUCCUGCGUCACCUCGGGGCUGUGCCGGGGGUCACUGUUCCCUGGCUCAACAUCGGCAUGGUUUUUUCUACCUCAUGCUGGUCACGAGACCAAAACCGCCUUCCAUACAUUGAUUAUUUACACACUGGUGCUGAUUGCAUUUGGUAUUGCAUUCCUGCUGAGGAGAAGACCAAGCUGGAUAAGGUGGUGCACACGCUGCUGCAAGCCAACGGGACGCCUGGCCUCGAAAUGCUGGAGAAGAACAUAAUGAUCUCUCCGGACGUGCUUAGCCGGGAGGGUAUAAAAGUGCACCGUACCGUCCAGCAGAGCGGCCAGUUUGUGGUGGUCUUCCCUGGGACAUUCGUGUCCAGGGUGUGCUGUGGGUACAGUGUGUCUGAGACGGUGCACUUCGCCACAUCACAUUGGAUGAACCUGGGCUAUGAGGCUGCGAAGGAUCUGAAGUACAGGCGAAUCGCCAAACCCUUCUCUAUGGAGAAGCUCCUGUACCAGAUCGCCACAGCCGAGUCCAAACGCGAGAACGCACUUCUACUCAGUACAAUCUCCUCUCUUCUCAAAGACCUCGGGAACAUAGAAAUGAGGCAACGGCAGGAGCUGUACAAGGCUGGCCUGCUCUCCUCAGCCCGCUAUGGCACUCACGACAACAGUCAGGUGGCCGGAGAUGGCAGGAAGAGACCCCGCAAGUGGCUGGCGCUCGAGUCGUCCGAGAGGCGGUGCCAGACAUGCCAGCACCUCUGCUACCUGUCCAUGGUGGUGCAGGAGAAUGAGAACGUGGUGUUCUGUCUGGAGUGUGCACUGCAUUACGUCGAGAAGCAGAAAUCCUGUCGGGGGCUGAAAAUGAUGUACCGAUAUGAUGAGGAGCAGAUCAACAGCCUGGUGAAUCUGGUAAGUGGUAAGGCCAUGAGGAACACAGCGCAGAGCUGGAACGGCUCCAGCCCCAGCAAGCCGGCUGCCAAGCGUGGCCCCCGCAAGAGAGCCACCGUGGAGGUGUGUCUAUCACGCCUGACCGGCCCCGCCCAGCUGCCGGGCCCCGCCCAGCUGGCCAAAAGUGCCACUGCAGCGGUCUCAUGAGACCUGACUGUCCUCAGCUUCAGCUUCUGCCCAAUCACGUGUCUAGAACUCUUCUGUCCACAUCUUCCCACCAACCCCACAUGGCAAAGCUUGCUGUGUUCGAGCAGGCUGCCUUUUUUGCACUAGAGCGAAAGAAGGUUGUUGUUGUUGUUGUCGUCGUCGUCGUUGUUGUUGUUAUUAUUGUUGUUGUUGUUAUUGUUAUAUUAUUAUUG